UUAUAUAAUUCAAAUGAUUACGUACACUGCCGUAACAAAUAAAAAUAAAAAUGAUUACGUACAUUAUAUAUAAGUCCAUAUUCUCAAUUACAAAAAGGAUUUGGUCACUGCUUUAGUUUCCAACACACCAACUCCAUCACCAAAAAAAAAAGAAAAAUGGAUUUCACAAAAAUAAUAACUUUCUCUCUCUUGAGUCUCUCUCUCCUAAUCCCGACGAGGACCACUGCCACAUGCACUAACGCCGUUUGUCGCCGUGGCGAUCCGAUUAUCCGUUUUCCUUUCCGUUUAAAGUCCCAUCAGUCUCAAUCUUGCGCUUACAACAAAGGAUUCGAUUUAACGUGUGGUGCUAACGGCGUUAACCGAACCACCAUAACGCUGCCGUUUUCCGGUAACUUCACCGUCGAGCUGAUCGAUUACGCGGCUCAAGAGAUUUGGAUCAACGACCCAAACAACUGUCUUCCUAAACGGAUCUUAACGCUAAACCUCUCCGCGACGCCGUUUAGUGGCGUUUACUCACGUCAGUUCACGUUUUUUAACUGUCCAACCUCGGAGUAUCUCCGUUUCAGGCCGUUAAAUCCGAUAACGUGUUUGAGCGAUAAAAACAGCACGGUGUUUGCGACUGCCUCGCCUAGAGUGAUGAACUACCUGUCGUCUCAGUCAUGCCGGUUAAUGAAAACCGUUGAGGUUCCGGUUCGUUGGCCGUUUUAUGAGCAGGCCGUGUCGUAUUCGGAGUUGAGUGAUAACCUCUGGCUCACUUGGAGGGUUCCGAGAUGUAGUCGGUGUGAGAUUAGAGGUGGUAAGUGUGGGAUUAAGAAUAAUUCUUCUCGUGAAACCAUUUGCUCUGAUGCUCAUAAACCAGCUAUCCCGAGAAGAGCCCGUUAUGCAAUAGCCAUCGGUGCAGGAAUCCCAGGAUCUUUAAUCCUAUUUGGUCUUUUCUGUUUCGUUUACAGCAAAAUCAACUCCUGCAUCAAACGACGCCGUCUCGUACCAGAUAUCAACAACACUCAUGCCCAUUCUUACCAACCCAGUGUCAUAGUAAUGGGCCUAGAUGGGCCGACUAUAGAUUCGUACCCCAAAAUAGUAUUGGGAGAGAGCAAAAGGCUUCCCAAAAUAGACGAUGCCACGUGUUCCAUCUGUUUGUCAGAGUACGAGCCAAAGGAGACGCUUAGGACAAUACCACCGUGCCAACACUGUUUUCACGCAGACUGUAUCGACGAGUGGUUGAAAUUAAACGGAACGUGUCCGGUGUGUCGGAACUCGCCGGAGCAAAUUUCGCCAUCUGAUAACUUUAAUUCUUAGCUUGUUGCUCGUGUUUCUUGAUUUUGCAUCAUUUGUGUACUUAGUUUAAUAAUCCUAUAUAUUAACACUACAAGAAAACAUGUCACUUUCCUACGAAAAUUCCUACAACAAUUUUGGUAGAAAAUAUUUAUUAUUACUUUGCUACAAGAUUAUGACGG